AUGCUAUGUCCGUUUGGCCGCAGAGUCCUAGUUUUGCUUGGUGCUGUAGGUGUCGGCAGAAGAACCCUCAAGUCUAUGCUAUUACGAUUUGCUCCGGAUCUCUUUGCGACUGUUGUUCCGUUGACCUCUCGAGCGCCCAGAGUAGGUGAGCAGGAAGGUCGUGAGUACAAUUUUCAUCGCAAAGAGGAUAUUCUACAGAAAAUAAGAGAUGGCCAGAUGAUUGAAUGGGGCGAGUUAGACAAUCAAAUUUACGGGACAUCAACUGACUCCAUUCGAUCUAUCGUUCGAGGAGGUCGAAUGUGUGUAGUAGAUUGUGCUCCUCAGGCUUUAGCAUAUCUAUAUAACAGUGAAUUCAUGCCUUUUGUGGUACAUAUCGUUCCACCUCCUCUGGAAGAAUUCAUCCAGCUGGAACAACUUCGACAUAUUCGACGACCCGUCGAUGCGCUGAGUCAAGUUUGUGCCAAGAGUGACGAAAUCAACAACGGGGUUCAUACUAGUCAAAUUCAUCUGACACUCACAAAUCGAAAUAUGGACGUUACUUUCAAGAGAUUGACUGACGCGCUGGAUUGUCUUAGGUAUGAUACGCAAUGGGUACCCGACUGUUGGAUGUCAUAA